AAGUGAUCAGAUGAUCUUAAAUUAUUGCAUCAUUAUUAUAAUAAAUUAAAAUAUACAUACACAUAUACAAAAAUUUUAAUAUAUACAUAUGAGUAUAUAUUUAUAUAUGAAAAAUUGUAAAUUUCCAUUAAUCGGUAUUAAGUACAAUAAUAAUAUCAUCAGCUAUAAAAACGUAUCGACAUCGUAUUUCAAGUUAUUAGUUCCAGUUUUAUAUUACUUAAGAAAUAAUAGAAGAAAUUUUUUAAUAAAUUUAUUUUGGAAAUAUUAUUAUAAUAAUAAUAUAAUUAAUAAACCGUUAUAUAAUAGUAUAAAAUUAAUAAAUAAUAACGGUGAAUUUUGUGAAAAUUUAUUAAUAUUUUAUUAUAAAAAUUCAAUUAUAUUAAAAAAUUUAAAAAUGAGUCGUUGUUUGAAUAGUUCAUUGUUAAGUUUGGUUGCUAUAUCAGCUAGCACAGAUAAUAAUAAUAGUACAAACAAUAGUAAUACAAAUGGUCAUGUUAUACCAUCAAAUACAAUAUUAGUUAAAAAAGGAACAACACAAGUGGCAGCAGCAGCAGGUGUAACAACAACUCCUAAAAAUAAUAAUAUUAAUAGUAAUAAUAAUAUGCCGAACCAAGAUAUUGUUAAAAGGCUUGAUCAAGCUUCAGCUAUUAUAAAAAAUUCGGACAUCGUUUGUUUUGAUGUUGAUUCAACUGUGAUAAAAGAAGAAGGUAUCGAUGAAUUAGCUAAAUUUUGUGGUAAAGGGCCACAGGUAGCACUUUUAACUCAAUCAGCAAUGGGUGGAUCAAUGACCUUUCAAGAUGCGUUAAGAAUUCGUUUAGAUAUUAUAAGACCAUCACAAAAACAGAUUAGAGAAUUUUUAAAAUUGCAUCCUAGUACUCUAUCACCUGGUAUAAAGGAAUUCAUUAAUAAUCUAAGAAAAAAUGGUACAUCAGUCUAUUUAAUUUCUGGUGGUUUUGAUUGUCUUAUUGAACCAGUUGCUGAUGAAUUGGGUGUUCCAAUGAAAAAUGUUUUCGCAAAUAAAUUAAUGUUCUAUUUUGACGGUGAAUAUGCCGGUUUUGACACAAAUCAACCAACAUCCAGAUCUGGUGGUAAAGGUGAAGCAAUAUCAAUUAUAAGAAAAACAAUAAAUUCUGAUGCCAAUAUUACAAUGAUUGGUGAUGGUGCUACAGAUUUAGAAGCAUCGCCACCAGCUAAUCAUUUUAUUGGUUAUGGCGGAAAUGUUGUACGCAGUGAAGUUCAGGCCCGUUCAGAUUAUUAUAUUACAGAUUUUAGUCAAAUUUUCUAACAAUAUAUAACAUUUUAGAAUAAAAUUUUUAGUAAUAAUAAAUUAUAAUUGCCCGAUGACUUUAAAAAAGUUUACCAAUAUAACAAGUUAAAAAUGUACACCACUAAUGAAAAUCGAUACCGCCUUUAUGAAUUUGAAAAAUCAUCAACUCUUAUAUAGAAGAAUAUUGUUUUAAAACAAAUUAUGUUAUAUAAUAUCAUAUAUUUUUUUAUUUGAA